AUGGCCCUUCAAUAUCCUUUAUCCUUUUCCUCACUCCCCCAACUCAUCAUCAUCCUUUGCUUUUUCAUCAAUUUGUAUUUCCCUUUUUAUUCAUCAUCAUUCCAUGUUUCUUCUCCAUCUACUUUUGCUCCUACCACUUCUUUGAUUAUUAAUCAAGAAAAAGAAGCACUUGCUCUUCUAGCAUGGAAAUCCAGCCUUCAUUUUCAAUCACAAUCUUUCCUCUCUUCAUGGUAUGGAGCUUCUUCAUGCAACCAUUGGUUUGGAGUUACUUGCCACAAGUCAGGAAGUGUCUCUGAUUUAAACCUUAAGAGUUGUGGUCUAAGAGGUACGCUGCAUAAUCUCAAUUUCUCAUCACUCCCCAAUCUCCUCACACUUGAUCUUUAUAACAACUCCUUCUAUGGAACCAUUCCCAUGAACAUUGGUAAUCUUUCUAAGUUGAUCACCAUCCUUAACUUGGGUUUCAAUAAUUUCACUGGUCUCAUACCUCACCAAGUUGGAUUGCUAACAUCUCUUAUUUUUCUUGCGUUAGCUUCCAACCAUCUGAGUGGUUCAAUCCCUUCUACAAUAGGAAACUUGAGGAACUUGACCACUUUGUAUCUUUAUGAGAACAAGCUUUCUGGUUCCAUCCCUUGGGAAAUUGGAUUGUUGAGAUCUCUUCAUGAUCUUGACUUAUCAAAUAACAAUCUUAGUGGUCCCAUCCCACCUUCUAUAGGAAACUUGAGGAAUUUAACCACUUUGUACCUUCACCAUAACAAGCUUUCUGGUACCAUCCCUCAAGCAAUUGGAUUGUUAAGAUCUCUUCAUGAUCUUGCAUUGUCAACUAACAAUCUCAAUGGUCUCAUUCCUCCUUCCAUAGGAAACUUAAGGAACUUAACCAAUUUGUAUCUUUAUGAGAACGAGCUUUUUGGUCCCAUUCCACCUUCCAUAGGAAACUUGAGGAACUUAACCACUUUGUAUCUUUAUAAGAAUGAGCUUUCUGGUCUCAUCCCACCUUCCAUAGGAAACUUAAGGAAUUUAACCACUUUGUAUCUUUAUGAAAACAAGCUUUCUGGUUCUAUCCCUCAAGAAAUUGGAUUGUUGAUAUCCCUUAAUAAUCUUGCAUUAUCAACUAACAAUCUUAGUGGUCCCAUCCCGCCUUCCAUUGGAAACUUGAGGAAUUUAACCAAUUUAAUCCUUCACCAUAACCAACUCAGUGGCCCCAUUCCUCAAGAAAUUGAUAAUCUCAUACAUUUGAAAUCCUUGCACUUAGAUGAGAACAAUUUUUCUGGCCAUUUACCUCAACAAAUGUGUCUCAGGGGAGCACUUGAAAAUCUUACGGCCAUGGGCAACCAUUUCACUGGUCCUAUUCCAAUGAGCCUGAGAAAUUGCACUAGCUUAUUUAGAGUUCGGCUUGAAAGAAACCAACUCAAAGGAAACAUAACUGAAGUUUUUGGAGUAUACCCAAACUUGAAUUUUAUGGAUUUGAGUUCCAACAACUUGUAUGGUGAGCUUUCUCAAAAAUGGGGACAAUGUCACAGCUUAACAAGCCUGAACAUCUCCCACAAUAAUUUGUCCGGUACCAUACCACCUCAACUUGGGGAAGCAAUUCAACUUCAUCAACUUGAUCUCUCUUCAAAUCAUCUACUAGGGAAGAUCCCUAGGGAAUUGGGUAAGCUAACAUCAAUGUUCAAGUUGCUGUUAAGCAACAACCAACUUUCAGGCAACAUUCCUUCAGAAGUAGGAAAUCUUUUUAAUCUUGAACAUCUGAGCUUGGCAUCAAACAACUUAAGUGGCUCAAUCCCUAAACAGCUAGGAGUGCUUUCAAAACUAUCCUUCCUCAACUUGAGCAAGAAUGAAUUCGUGGAAAGUAUUCCUGAUGAGAUUGGGAACUUACAUUCCCUUCAAAGCUUCGAUCUCAGUCAAAAUAUGCUGAAUGGGAAGAUACCACAACAGCUUGGAGAACUACAACGCUUAGAAACAUUGAAUCUCUCCCACAAUGAACUCUCUGGUUCCAUCCCAUCCUCUUUUGAAGAGAUGUCGAGUUUGACAUCUGUUGAUAUAUCCUCUAAUCAGUUGGAGGGACCUCUCCCCGACAUCAAAGCCUUCCAGGAGGCUCCAUUUGAGGCAUUCAGAAACAACCAUGGCUUAUGUGGGAAUGUUACUGGUCUGAAGCCCUGUAUCCCAUUCACACAGAAGAAGAACAAUAGAUUUAUGAUGAUUAUGAUCAUCUCCAGCACCUUAUUUCUUCUAUGCAUUUUCAUGGGAAUUUAUUUUACCGUUUACUGGAGAGCAAGGAACAGAAAAAGCAAGUCCAGUGAAACACCAUGUGAGGAUCUAUUUGCAAUAUGGGGCCAUGAUGGAGAGUUGUUGUAUCGAGAUAUCAUUGAGGUGACUGAGGACUUCAACUCUAAAUAUUGUAUUGGGAGUGGAGGACAUGGCACAGUUUAUAAGGCUGAGCUCCCAACUGGUAGGGUUGUUGCUGUGAAAAAGCUUCACCCACCACAAGAUGGUGAGAUGAGUAAUUUGAAAUCUUUCACGAGUGAAAUUCGGGCCCUGGCAGAAAUUCGACACCGCAACAUUGUGAAGCUUUACGGCUAUUUCUCACAUGCAAGGCACUCAUUUUUGGUCUAUAGGCUGAUGGAGAAGGGAAGCCUAAGAAACAUUCUAAGCAAUGAGGAAGACGCUAUUGGGUUGGAUUGGAGUAGGAGGCUAAAUAUUGUGAAAGGUGUGGCCGAGGCAUUAUCUUAUAUGCAUCAUGAUUGUUCGCCCCCUAUAAUUCACCGGGACAUAUCCAGUAACAAUGUUUUAUUGGAUUCUGAAUAUGAGGCUCAUGUAUCCGACUUUGGCACAGCAAGGCUUUUAAAGCCAGACUCGUCCAAUUGGACCUCAUUCGCAGGCACAUUUGGGUAUAGUGCUCCAGAGCUUGCUUACACCACCCAAGUGAAUAACAAGACCGAUGUUUAUAGCUUUGGGGUGGUGGCACUGGAAGUGGUUAUGGGAAAGCAUCCUGGUGAUCUCAUCUCAUCCCUGACAUCUUCUUCGUCUGUUAGAGCAGUGGCUGAUUCUUUGUUGUUGAAGGAUGUGAUAGACCAACGCCUCUCACCUCCCAUACAUCAAAUCAGUGAGGAAAUUGUGCUUUCUGUGAAUUUAGCAAUUGCGUGCCUGUCAGUCAAUCCCCAAUGUCGGCCAACCAUGAGGCAAGUUUCGCAGGCACUAUCAAUUAAGAAGCCAGCUUUUCAGAAACCAUUCCCCAUUAUUACAUUGAGAGAGCUGUUUCACGGGUGAUAAUCCGGAAGCCCUUUGUCGUGUGGUCGAUAUGGGGAACCUAGGCACUUUUCUACUUUUUCAGUCUUGAUUGCGCUCAUGCAAAUGAAUCUUUGUGAUUUCAGCUCCUUUCAAUCUUUGGUUCCUUUCUCAUUGUAGUAAUUCUCAAUCUGUUUAAUUUGUAUUUCUUCUUCCCAGAAUCCUUGAGGACCUUUUUGGUUUUUGAUUCUUAAAGAUAUUUGAUCUUUGAUCUAUUAUCUCAUGAA